UUUUAUUAUAUUGGAAAUGGAUGAAUUGUGUAAAAUGCUUACCGAAUUGCUGUGGUAGCAAUGGCAGUGCCUGUCUCGUUGCAUUUGUGGCACAGAAUUUCUUUGGGCUUUCAUUUUUCUUUACAUUCUGCCAUUACGGCUUCGUCUCUAUGGAGCAGAUAAUUAGCUACAGGUUGUCUCUAUCGAUGUCACCAAAAUAGAAGAAGGGCAAGGUGUCUGCGACCUUUUAAGGACCUCCCCUUUCAUCUGCAGCUGCCCUGUUAUCUUUAACUGAAUAAAUAGCUCUGCGUGCUCUGUAGAGUUGUUUGGUUACUUUCCACUUGUGCUGAAAAGUGAAGGAAGGCGGGGAGUGGGGAGGAAUAGCCAGAGUUAGAAACAUAUUGAAGGGAUAGCUACGGUUGUGAAAGUCAAGUCGCAGUUCUCGUUUCUUUUCUACUUAGGAUUUGCCCCAAUUGGCCCAGUAACGCUACAAUUCCGUCUUUUCUGCGCAUGUCAAGGACUUUUGUCCCUCGGCGGACACCGUUGCCAGCCAAAGCUAUGUCUGCGCGCUCGCCACUUUGGUAGGGAGCCGAAGUCUACCUUUUCCACCCGUGCCAUGGCGAGCCGAGGGGCUCGUCAGCGCCUGAAGGGGAGCGGGGGCAGCGGCGGGGACACGGUUUCGGCCGCCGACAAGCUGCGGGAGCUGCUGUGCAGCCGGGAGGCGAGCGGCGCGGAGCCACGGACCGAGUUGUCUGGGAACAAAGCAGGACAAGUCUGGGCACCUGAGGGAUCUACUGCUUUCAAGUGUCUGCUCUCAGCAAGGUUAUGUGCUGCUCUCUUAAGCAACAUCUCUGACUGCGAUGAAACCUUCAACUACUGGGAACCAACACACUACCUCAUCUAUGGGAAGGGGUUUCAGACUUGGGAGUAUUCCCCUGUUUAUGCAAUUCGCUCCUAUGCCUACCUGUUGCUUCAUGCCUGGCCAGCUGCAUUUCAUGCAAGAAUCCUACAAACUAAUAAGAUUCUUGUCUUUUACUUUUUACGAUGUCUCCUGGCUUUUGUGAGCUGUAUCUGUGAACUUUACUUUUACAAGGCUGUGUGCAAGAAGUUUGGGCUGCAUGUGAGUCGGAUGAUGCUAGCCUUCUUGGUUCUUAGCACUGGCAUGUUUUGCUCAUCAUCAGCGCUCCUUCCUAGCAGCUUCUGUAUGUACACCACGCUGGUAGCCAUGACUGGCUGGUAUUUGGACAAGACUUCCAUUGCUGUGCUUGGAGUGGCAGCUGGGGCUAUCUUGGGCUGGCCAUUCAGUGCUGCCCUUGGUUUACCCAUUGCCUUUGAUUUGCUGGUCAUGAAACACAGGUGGAAGAGUUUCUUUCAUUGGUCUCUGGUGGCCCUAAUACUCUUUCUGGUGCCUGUGGUGGUCAUUGACAGCUACUACUACGGGAAGCUGGUGGUGGCACCACUGAACAUUGUUUUGUACAAUGUCUUUACUCCUCAUGGACCUGAUCUUUAUGGUACAGAACCCUGGUAUUUCUAUUUAAUUAAUGGAUUUCUUAAUUUUAACGUAGCCUUUGCUUUGGCUCUUCUGGUCCUACCACUGACUUCUUUGAUGGAGUACCUACUGCAGAGGUUUCAUGUUCAGAAUUUAGGCCACCCGUAUUGGCUUACCUUGGCUCCAAUGUAUAUUUGGUUUAUAAUUUUCUUCAUCCAGCCUCACAAAGAGGAGAGAUUUCUUUUCCCUGUGUAUCCACUUAUAUGUCUCUGUGGUGCUGUGGCCCUUUCUGCACUUCAGAAAUGUUACCACUUCGUGUUUCAGCGAUACCGUCUGGAGCAUUACACUGUGACGUCGAACUGGCUGGCGUCAGGAACGCUCUUCCUGUUCGGGCUCCUGUCCUUUUCCCGCUCUGUGGCACUGUUCAAAGGGUAUCACGGGCCCCUUGAUUUGUAUCCAGAAUUUUACCGAAUUGCCACGGACCCAACCAUCCACACUGUCCCAGAAGGCAGGCCUGUGAAUGUCUGUGUAGGGAAGGAGUGGUAUCGAUUUCCCAGUAGCUUCCUUCUGCCUGAUAAUUGGCAGCUUCAGUUCAUUCCAUCAGAGUUCAGGGGCCAGUUACCAAAACCUUUUGCGGAGGGACCACUGGCCACCCGGAUUGUUCCUACUGACAUGAAUGACCAGAACCUGGAGGAGCCAUCCAGAUAUGUGGCAUUCUUAGACUGGUACAUGCCACAUCUUCUUCCAGAAUCAAGCUCUGAAUUGAGAAGAUACAUUUAUGGCACAACAACAGAACACAUAGACCAAUGGAAUAGAAUAGAGACUCCAGAAUUGACCCACAGAAGUAUGGCCAACUAGUCUUUGACAAAGCAGGAAAGAAUAUCCAAUGGGAAAAAGACAGUCUCUUUAACAAAUGGUGCUGGGAGAACUGGACAGCAACAUGCAGAAGAAUGAAACUAGACCACUUUCUUAAGCCAUUCACAAAAAUAAACUCAAAAUGGAUAAAGGACCUGGAUGUGAGACAGGAAACCAUCCAAACUCUAGAGGAGAAAGCAGGAAAAAACCUCUCUGACCUCAGCCGCAGCAAAUUCUUACUUGACAUAUCUCCAAAGGCAAGGGAAUUAAAAGCCAAAAUGAACUAUUGGGACCUCAUGAAGAUAAAAAGCUUCUGCACUGCAAAGGAAACAAUCAACAAAACUAAAAGGCAACCAAUGGAACAGGAAAAGAUAUUUGCAAAUGACAUAUUGGACAAAGGGCUAGUAUCCAAAAUCUAUAAAGAGCUCACCAAAUUGCACACCCAAAAAACAAAUAAUCCAGUAAAGAAAUGGGCAGAAGACAUGAAUAGACAGUUCUCUAAAGAAGACAUCCAGAUGGCCAACAGGCACAUGAAAAGAUGCUCAACAUCGCUCCUCACCAGGGAAAUACAAAUCAAAACCACACUCAGAUACCACCUCAUGCCGGUCAGAGUGGCUAAAAUGAACAAAUCAGGAGACUAUAGAUGCUGGAGAGGAUGUGGAGAAAUGAGAACCUUCUUGCACUGUUAGUAGGAAUGCAAACUGGUGCAGCCACUCUGGAAACAGUGUGGAGGUUGCUCAAAAAAUUAAAAAAUAGAUCUACCCUAUGACCCAGUAAUAGCACUCUUAGGUAUUUACCCAAGGGAUACAUGAGUGCUGAUGCAUAGAGGCACUUGUACCCCAAUGUUUAUAGCAGCACUUUCACCAGUAGCCAAAUUAUGGAAAGAGCCUAAAUGUCCAUCAACUGAUGAAUGGAUAAAGACAUUGUGGUUUAUAUACACAAUGGAGUACUACAUGGCAAUGAGAAAGAAUGAAAUAUGGCCCUUUGUAGCAACGUGGAUGGAACUGGAGAGUGUUAUGCUAAGUGAAAUAAGUCAUACAGAGAAAGAUACCAUAUGUUUUCAUUCUUAUGUGGAUCCUGAAAAACUUAACAGAAGACCAUGGGGGAGGGGAAGGGGGAAAAAAUAAAAGGGAGGGAGGCAAACCAUAAGAGACUCUUAAAAACUGAGAAUAAACUGAGGGUUGAUGGGGAGUAGGAGGGAGGGGAAAGUGGGUGAUGGGCAUUGAGGAGGGCAGCUGUUGGGAUGAGCACUGGGUGUUGUAUAGAAACCAAUUUGACAAUAAAUUUCAUAUUAAAAAAAUUCUUUUAGUGUCUUCUCUUUAUUACUUUACACACCAGUUUUUUGUUGGCUAUUUCAAGGAGAAUGCUUUCCUUCUGACUACAAAUCUGAUACCUAAUGUGGGAGCUACAGGAGUAACCAACACCUGUACAGCAGAGAACUGAGACUUUGCUGAUUUUUAACUUAAUGCAUAAGCAGCCUUGUAGGAAGCUUGUCCAUCUGUUAUCUUAAAAAAAAAAAAAAAAAUGCAAGUGUUCAUUGAUGACUUUUCCCCAGACAGUGAUACAGUCAGUUUGACUCUAACAUGACACAGAGUUGCUAAAAAUCACUGUGUGCUAAAAAGAGGAAAAAAAAACCACAAACAAACCCACAAGGCUUAUGAGAAAACUGGGAUUAGAGAGACACAGUACUCAAAAACUUUGUGACACAUAAAAAAAAGAGAACGGAGCGUAUAAAAAUGGUAGCACAGUUUCACAUAUGUUAAGCAGCUACAAGUCCCUAAGUACUACAAGCAUGUGGGAGUUGACCCUGAAAAAGACCUGAAGUUUGCUUGUGGCUGUGGUGCUGGAAGGGUUGCUGCUUGUGCAGCAGGGAAAGGGUGCUCUGCAAUAGGACAGAAAGUCCUAACCCCAGAUACAGGUGCAUGUGGCUUGGAGCGUAUGGUGCACCCCAGAAGCUGGGGGACAGUGGGGUGUGCUCGCGUGCACUUGGCAUCCUCCUGCUACCCUUAGUUCAGCCGACUGUGGUUUUCUGGAUUCACCUCGUGUUUCUCAUAGAUGAAAUGCCACAUGAGCAAAAGCAAAGAAUGAAUUAUGGUCCAACUGUUUCCUAAUAUAUCUGUUGUGUUGGAACAGAUUUGCAUUUUCAAAACAAGCGUUACGACAGAAUUGACUGUAUAUUCAGUCAAAGCUUUCCUUAUUUUGUUACUCCCUGCUUUUCCCUUUAACCAGUAGAAAGAAUUACGAAUUUGGAAGGGAACUCGAUGUACCAUAGAGUCCGUGAUGUGCUCAGAGGGGUUGUCACCUGACAAAGGUUGGUCCGAGUGUAAGAGGCUAGCUACACUUAAGACUCCCCAGUAUGCUCUGAACCCGUCCUCUUACUUCCAAAGCCGCUUGUGGUUUAUGUCAUAUGGUAUAUCAUUUGAGUAUAUGUUUGCACGUAAUAGCUGAUCAUUCUUCCAUGUAACAGGAUUGAAUAGACUGUAAAUAGCAGAGCAGGAAUUUUUUAAGAAGUUACUUUAAGCUUCUGGAGCGGGUGUUUUAAGUAGCAGUUACUCUAUUUAUCUAUAGAUAUCAUCAGGGUCCCCACUCCCUUUUCUUUUCUCUGUCAUCUUUUUCUCAUCCUUCCUCCUCCUUUUUUUUUCCUUAAAGUUUAUUUAUUUUGAGAAUGAGGAGUGUAUAAGUGGGGGAGGGGCAGAGAGAGAGAGGGACAAAGAGAAUCUGAAGCAGGCUCUGUGCUCAAACUCACAAACCACCAUGAAAUCAUGGCCUGAGCUGAAACCAAGAGUCAGAUGCUUAACCGACUGAGCCACCCAGGUGCCCCUGUCCCCACCCCCUGCUCUAAGAAUGGGAAGUCCUUAACUGCAGGAGAAAAUAAAUUCUUAUAGAUAUCCUUGUGAACUGUUACCUGCCUGAGUGUCGAAAGAGCAAAUUCAGAUUGCUCUAAUAGGUGCAGCAGAGUGAGGUUGGUAUGACUAAUAAUUUAAGUGAAAGCUGUUCAAAAUGCUUCUUGAAAAUUAAUUCCCUAGUCUAUUAUGUUGACAUUUAGAAAGGUAAACUUGACACUAUCUUUCGUGACUAAAUGACCAAAAACUUUGACCUGGAAGUUGACAUUUUUUACAGUGCGGUACAUUUUCACUCUUCAUCGUAAAGUUUCAGGUGUCAAACAUGCAUUCAGCAAGGAUGGGAGGUGACAAAACUGUAAAACAGCCUCUGCCUUUAGGUGACAACUACUUAACUGAAGGGGAGUUACUAUAAAAGAAGAAAUGGAAAGCCAGAAGGAUACCUGUCAUCUUUUCCUAUCAAAUCUAUCCUCCUAGGCCUCCAUGCUCCUAUUAAAAAGAAAAUACCCUGGGAGAAUAUUGAUGGCUGGCCAGAUGAUUUAAUGGCAAGAGCCCUGGGUGGGAGUCAGAAGAGCUUGUAGUUCUUCUCAGGAAGUGAGUGAAGUAUAUGUUUAUUUCUUAAGUGACUUGGUAACUUUCCAAGGCCCCUGGGAUAGUUGAACAUGUGUUUCCAAUUUGCUGUAACUACACCUGAAAUCCAGUGGCUACCUCAGAGUAUGCCAUUGCCUGUUUGAUAAUCUAAUAUUUAAUGGUGGCAGAUCUUAUCUUGACGCAUGAUCCCUGGGCCAUGGGACCUGAUGAUGAGCAGAGCUGGAAGUCUGCAAAUGCUUCCAAGGGGAGGACUGUGUGUCACGGGCACACUGUGCCGUGUGAUGCCACCUGAGUGUGCUGCUGAGUUUGGAGAGUUGGAAAGAUCCCUCCACAGCCCCAUCCUGGGCUGAGUCUCUGUUACAACUAAUGAGGAAGAGCUGCGACUAUUAGUGCCCAGUGCCCCUUAGCUCAUUCCUACCCCAGCAAAAUGCACACCUUUUAUUACCGGUGUGACGUCUGUGUCGGUUUCUUUCUUUGAGAAUACAUAUAUUUUUUAUGUCUGAGGUGGAUUGUCAUCCUUAACAUAGAUUUAUUAAUAAGAUGUAAACUAUGUGCUAAUGAUUGUCAAUAAAUCAGUUUGGAUUCCUUCCCGAUACACCUUUUUUUUCUUGUGCUUUGGAGGUGCUGAUUUGUUCUUCUCCAAAGCUUCUAGUGGGUUCUUAGAAACUGAAAGAAGUCAGAUUUCUUUCAAAAUGAGUCUUAAAUGCUGUAUUUUACAAAAUUUUAAACUAAGGCAUAUUUUUAGCUUCAACAGCUGGUUGAUAUGUAGCCUGUGACUAAUGAAAUGAAACACAUUUUUGUUUCACGAUCAUGUGUUAAUGUCACCCUACAAUUUUGUUAUUUUUGAUGCAAGAAAGAAUGAUUAAAUCUGAGGAAACAAAAAAAAAAUGAGCUUUUUGGUUAUACUUGAAGGCAGAUUUAAAUCGAGUCUCUUGGUUUUUGAAUUGUAGACGAUGUUAGGGAGCAUGGGCUCAGAUUUUGCAGUUUGAGAUAUUGACAAAACUGAGAGAAGAAACCAUCCUGUCUGAUUCUGGCUCUUAGACCUAAGGGGCAGUAGCCACUCAGUGUCACCAGGGAUUUCAACCAAGAAAACUCAAACUAAAAAUAAUCACAGUGAAACAGUCUGUAUACAGUAUGAUCCAGAUUUUAUAAGGAAAAAUCUUAUCUGUAGAAAAGAAGGUCUGGGACAUA